AAGGCGGAAGGGGAAAAAAAAAGAACAAACAAACGAAUCCUCCUCCGAAUUCCUCCGAUUCCGACCGCCGCCGAUGGCCGCGCCGCCCCCACGGGCGCGGACGCGCUGGUCCGCGCUGGCCGCCAGCGCGCUCAUCCAGUGCUGCGCGGGGAGCUCCUACUGCUUCGGCGUCUACUCCCCGGCGCUCAAGGCCUCCCAGCGCUACGACCAGUCCGCGCUCGACGCCGUCGCCUUCUUCAAGGACGUCGGCGCCAACGCAGGCGUCCUCUCGGGCUUCCUCGCCGCGUGGGCGCCCGCGGGAAGGCGCCGCCCGUGGCUCGUCCUCCUCGCGGGAGCCGUCCUCUGCGCCGCCGGGUACCUCCCCAUGUGGCUCGCCGUCGCCGGGGUCGCGCCCGCGCCGCUCCCGCUCAUGUGCCUCUACAUGCUGCUCGCCGCGCAGGCGCAGACCUUCUUCAACACCGCCGAUGUCGUAUCCGCCGUCGAGAACUUCCCCGAUCGCCGGGGCACAGUCAUCGGCAUCAUGAAGGGUUUUCUAGGCCUAAGUGGGGCAAUACUUGUCCAAAUAUACCGCACUCUCCAUAUUGAUCCUACCAGGUUCAUACUGAUGCUGGCAAUUUUGCCCACAGCCAUCACAUUGAUGCUCAUGUAUUUUGUCGACGUCCACAGCGCACAUGAACGGUACAACAAGAAGUUCCUAGAUGCUUUCUCUCUCAUCGCUGUUACUGUUGCCACAUACUUAAUGAUCAUCAUAAUCUGUGAUCAAGUGUUCACGAUAAGUUCAGCUGUGCAGAGUGUUAGUUUUGUGAUACUCCUGCUGCUAGUCUUAUCUCCAGUAGCCGUUGCUCUAAAGGCUCAGAAGCCAGAAUCAAUGCAGCAUGAGGAAUCAACUUCAGAACAAAGAGUCGGAUUGCUCCGGGAAGAGGUGGCAGAGGUAUCUGACAGUGCCGGCUCAAGUACUGCACUCGGGGGAUCUAACCUAGACCUGUCUGCAGGCAAAGAAAACCUGAAUGUGCUACAGGCCAUGGGCAAACUGAACUUCUGGCUGCUCUUCCUUGCAAUGGCUUGCGGGAUGGGAUCAGGUCUAGCCACGGUGAACAAUAUCAGCCAGAUCGGCGGCUCCCUUGGCUACACGAGCAAGGAGACCAGCACACUGGUGUCGCUCUGGAGCAUCUGGAACUUCUCAGGGAGGUUUGGCGCAGGCUUCAUAUCCGACCAUUUCCUUCGCCUGCGAGGAGUUGGCAGGCCAUUCUUCAUAGGCGCCACGCUAUUGAUCAUGAGUGUGGGUCAUGCCAUCAUCUCCUCCGGCCUUCCUUCAUCGCUCUACAUCGGCUCCGUGCUCGUUGGCCUGUGCUAUGGGUGCCAGUGGGCCCUGAUGCCAAGCAUAACGUCUGAGAUCUUCGGGCUGAACCACUUCGGCACCAUCUUCAACAUGGUGGCCGUUGCAAGCCCCGUUGGGUCUUACAUCCUCUCGGUCCGGGUUGCGGGUUACAUAUAUGACAUGGAGUCGCCACCUGAUGAGCAUGCCUGCCAAGGUAAGCACUGCUUUGCGCUAUCUUUUAUGAUCAUGGCCUGUGUGUGCUUGUUUGGAUCUGCCGUUGCAUUCGUGCUGUUCAUCAGAACGAGGAAGUUCUAUAGGCAGGUGGUAUUCGCAAGGCUGCAGUCUUUCCUUGAGAAAUGAGAUGUACACUGCACAUGUUGCAACAACCUAAACUGUAUCCACAGUUUUUGCAAGUGAUGUAUAGCAUGCCAUCGUUUGUAUAGCCUGAACAUAUUUUUUUUUUCAUUUCAAGAAAAGGACAUUUGGAGAACA